CUUGACUGCAGUUCCGUUUCAGAGCCCGCAUCAAUGAACAGGCGUUAAACCGCAACGCCACUAUAAUAAGGCACCCACAUUAUUCGUUUUUCUUCCUUCACUCUCUAUCCCUCUCCUUAUAAACUUGAUUCAGACGAAAAACUCAAAAAGUAGAAAAGCAAAACCACCGAGAUUGGAAAUAGUGAGAGGGGAAAUAUGGCAAACCUCCCUCCGUCGCUGAAUUUGAAGGCUGCCCCUUUUGAGGGUAGCAGCAGCUCCUCCGCGGCGGCGGCCGCUGCCGCUGUCAAUAAGGAUCGGAGAAUGCAAUCGGCCGAGCAGCUGGUUCUCGAUCUCUGCAGCCCCGAUCUCCGGGAAAACGCGCUCCUGGAGCUAUCCAAGAAGAGAGAGCUGUUUCAAGACUUGGCUCCACUGCUGUGGAAUUCCUUUGGUACAAUUGCUGCUCUUCUUCAGGAAAUAGUCUCAAUUUACCCAGUAUUAUCCCCACCAAACCUAACUCCUGCACAAUCAAACAGAGUUUGCAAUGCUCUCGCUCUGCUUCAGUGUGUGGCCUCACAUCCAGACACAAGAAUGUUGUUCCUCAAUGCCCACAUUCCUCUCUACCUAUAUCCUUUUCUUAAUACAACGAGCAAAUCAAGGCCUUUCGAGUAUUUGAGGCUUACAAGUUUAGGCGUUAUAGGUGCUUUAGUCAAGGUGGACGACACUGAAGUUAUCAGUUUCCUUCUUUCUACUGAAAUCAUUCCCUUAUGCCUGCGCACAAUGGAGAUGGGAAGUGAAUUGUCCAAGACAGUAGCAACAUUCAUUGUGCAGAAAAUUUUGCUUGAUGAUGUGGGCUUAGAGUAUAUAUGCACCACAGCCGAGCGAUUCUUUGCUGUAGGUAGAGUGCUGGGGAACAUGGUUGCUGCACUUGCUGAGCAGUCUUCUUCCCGUCUUUUGAAGCACAUUAUCAGAUGCUACCUUCGAUUGUCUGAUAAUCCUAGAGCUUGCGAUGCUUUGAGAAGCUGUCUGCCUGACAUUCUCAGAGAUGCAACAUUUAGUAGCUGCCUCCGUGAAGAUCCAACUACGAGAAGGUGGUUACAACAGUUGCUUCACAAUGUGCAAGGGCCUAGAGUUGCUGCCAUGCAAGCUGCGGGUGGAUUUGAUCAUAUGAUGUGGAAGGCCCAACUUCUCGAAGUUCAGUUUCUCACUUUCAAUGUGCCAAGCGUUGCGCUGCUUGAUGCUCUGAUCGAAAACAAAUCAGUGGGGCCAUGCCGGCUCGACUAUAAAUCCGAGGUUCAAAGAUCUCGACUAAAAGGAGAGGAGACGAAGGAGAAGAGGACAUGUUCAAUAGNGAUUUGUUGUAAAAGUAAGAAGGAUAAUGUGAAGGAAUAG